CCCCAAUAAAGUAUAAAAGGUGGAGCAAACCUUGUAUAUAAAGCCAGGCAAUUCAAAGGCAUAUAUGACUAUACAAUCACAUUUUCACCAAAAAAAAAAGGGACCAUUUAUUUAUGCCACAUUCCUUCUUUUCUUCUUCCUUCAUCUAAAAAAAAAAAUAAAAAAAUCUCGAGAGAGAAAGUAGAGGCAAAAACCUUAGAGUGAGAAAGCUCUGAUGGGGAAUUGCCAGGCGGUGGAUAUGGCGGCACUGGUUAUACAACACCCAAACGGGAAGCAAGAGAGGAUGUAUUGGCCGGUAACCGCUAGUGAGGUCAUGAAAACGAACCCCGGCCAUUACGUGUCCCUCAUAAUACCCUUGCCGGAUUCCGGCAAGAAUCCCGUUGUUAGGUACACUCGUGUCAAGCUCCUCCGGCCACACGAUAUUCUAGUUCUUGGUCGAGCAUAUCGGCUAGUCACCACUCAAGAGGUAUUGAAAGUGGUUAAAGCAAAGAGGCAUGCAAAGAUAAAGGAGAACGAACCGGAAUCUGGUAAGAACUUGCAGACGAGGGAUGAAAAGCAGAGCAGUAAUUCUCAGGCAGCAGAGAUUAACCACACGGUCACGAGACAAGGAAAGCCAAGAUCAUGGCGGCCAUCUUUACAUAGCAUUUCAGAAUCUGGAAGCUGAUGCAAUCAUAUUCAUGUAUGGAAUAAAUUCCCAAUAUUACUCAUGCAAAACCGUAAAAACACGAAACUAUGAACUUGGAAAAUUGUCAAGCACUAAUUCCGCUUUUCUNUUGUAUAGGCUAUAGAUUCAUAGGUUCACAAAAUUAGACUGUUUGUCACAAUUAAAUUUCACCACUCAGUCUCUUUAUCCAAACUCAACUUCCUUUCUUGUUCUCUUUAGAACAAGAAAGUACUCCUUCGAGGGUUGUAUUCAUU